AAGUGCAAGAUAUUACAUACAUAGUUAUAUAAUUAAAUUCAAAUGGCUACUACCUCAUCUAAUGUUCGUGUUCGAUCUAAAACCCUAAUUUAUUUAAUUGGGUAUUCAUCUCAUCAAAUAAUCGGGAGUAAACUGCCAUCAAAUCAUCAAGUGUUAAAGUCAUUGUUUUACAACAUUCGUGAAGUUGGAUUACCUUUUAGUGAUGCUGCAAAACUCACAAAAAAAUCUUGCAUUCACAUCCAAACUGUCCGAUCUUUUUGAUGUAGCAGUGGAAGAUGCCAUUUCAAAAAUGUCUAAUCAGGAAGAUAUUAAAUUUUUGACAUAUCAGAGAAUGAAAGGACGUCCAGGCCAUAUGGAAGGUAUCGAUGUGAAUACAGCUCUAGCUGAACAAAGAAGAGAAGCAAGAAAAGCAAAAGCAGAAGAGUGGCGAUGGCGACAGAUUUCACCAGUAAGCGCUGAAAAUGUACGAGACAUCUCAUUGUCUUCUGAAUCAGAAGUGGAAGAAAUCACCUCGGACGAAGUAUUUACCGAUGAUGAAAAAGCCAGCAAAGCGGAGACAGCGAGUAAAAAAAGGAAAUACAGUCGUGGUUAUAAAGAAGUAAUUACUUCACCUGUGGUAUCUGAACCCGGAACUGAUUUGCCUUAGCUUAUUUGACAAAAAAGAUUUUAAGAAAGAGGGGUUAAGUUAAUUCAAGACUUCAAAAGUAUUCUUACAAAAGAUGAGGAGCAAAAACAAUUCCUGCUUCAGGUGGUAUCGGAUUGUCGUCGGCUUUACCCUGAUACUUCCAAAAGUACCCUUUCUCUACCCUUAUCUGAUGAAUGAUAUUUGAAAUAAUAAUAAAUAAAUUGAUAAAUUUUUUAUAAUUUUUGUUUUUAGUAUGAAUUUUCCUUUCUAUAUGUUUAUUUUUUAAAUAGAUUUGUUCCCAUCGUCUUAUCUUUUUGUUAAAUAUUGUACCAAUUAAUGUACGAAAACUGAAAAUACAAUACAUAACUAAAAGAUUUUACUAAUUUCUAGCUUUUUCUAUUAUAAUAAAAUAAAGGACUUCAGUGUAUGCAUUGUUUAUGGUUAAGGUAAGGAUAGUUUCAAAAAUCGUGGAGAACCUCGAGCGUUACUGCGAAGAACUAUACUAAGGCAUUUGACACGAACUUGGUCCCUUAACUGUUAAAUAUCUUCCAAACCAUGCAUUUCUAAAGAAAAUGUAUUGUAAUAGACUUUAAU